CGGUUCUUGAUAAAAAAUACUACGUUGAUAGAUGAGUCAAAACGCUCGUAUAAAUACUUUGCGAUAGGUGAAGUGCUUAUUAAAUUAAUUAUGUUGAGUGCAACAGUAGUAGUAUCUAGUGUGCUUAUCCUAGCCAGCUUGUCUGGAAGUUGGGCUAAUUGUCCCAAUGGAAUCUUACAGCAAGGAAUUUCGGGCGAUGAAAGAAAUGUUAUUGUCAAUGAACAUAAUAAUUUUCGUAUAAGGAUUGCGAAUGGAAAGGUUGGAGGACAGCCGAGGGGGGUCAAUUUAAAAAGAAUGUCAUGGGACGACUGUCUGGCCCGUGAAGCUCAAAGAAUAGCCAACUCUUGUAAUUUCGGACAUCAAACUGCUUCAUGCCGUGAGGUUUCAGUCAUGUUGGACAAAACUUGUACAUCUCAAAAUCGACCUCAGCAGGCGGGGGCAGUGAUUGGAGGGGGGCCAUCGCGUCAUGGACCAAUGAGCAUUCCGUUUAUAAAUUUGGUAGCGGAUUUUCUGGAGCAACCGGUCACUACACACAGGUUGUUUGGGCUGAUACAAACAGGAUUGGGUGUGGAUUUACAUAUUUCAGAGCAAAUGACCAAUUUGCAUUCCAGAAAUUAUAUGUUUGCAACUACGGUCCCGCGUCUAACAACUCCACUGGCAACCAGAUGUCGCUGUCAUCUCCCUCCCGCCAUCGUCAUCAAUCGCCACUACUAUAAGUACCCGAGCGAGCGCUGCAACAGGCAAGAUCAUACUUCACAGGAUCAUUUCUGUAACAUAGUCUCGUACUCUGAGCGUGAGGCAGAUUCUGUUCGAGUCCUUAUUUAUGAGGAUUCGGACGAGUCAUCGAUGAUCGUUCUCCUGUGGAUUCGUCCACAGGCAAUGGGUACGAGACAAUCUGAAUGGUCCUUUUAUUCAAUUAACUGUAAUUCCUUUAGCUUUCUAAUUAGCCGUCGUAUUGGUCCCAUUAUAAAACUGCUUUUAAACAAAUUUAAAGUUUUCAUGCAUCAAAGAAUUUAA